UUAGAAUUGUUAUAAACAAUUUUACUCCAUUUAUUUAAUAAAGAACAGCGUAUAAAUUAAACAAGUUUAAGCACUAACGAAAUGUUAAUAUAUUGAAAUUAUUUCUUAAAAUAAAUUAUAAAAAAUGUUCUGUCGAUUUAAAUUAUUGGUUUCAAUAACAACCUUGUCAUGUCUGAUGAUGGCCUCCAAGGGUCAACUUUUAGAUCAGGCAUCUGUGGGGGAAUUGUAUACAUUUAAAAUUGAACCCGUCAUGUUCAAUUGGACACAUCAAGUGAUUAAUGAACAAUUUCGCUAUACACCUUCGUUGAAAUCCUAUCCAGAUUUACCCUCUUGGAUGCGUUAUAUGUAUAGUCAGGAACACCAUGCUGGCUUUCUCUAUGGCACGCCACCUGCAGAAUUGGCAGCCAAGACCAUUACCUUGGAGAUUGUAGCGCUUAAUAAACAAAAUUAUGAAACCAGACGCGCAGAGUUGAUGAUAACAAUACAACCCAAAUUUCAUGCGCCCAAUGUUAUACAAAUGAAAAUCGAUAAUUUAAAUUGGGUACAUUUAAUGGAUCCAGGUAGAGUGGAGAAUUUACGCAAUAUUUUCCGUAAAGACUUGUGGCCAGAAAGUGAGGCUGAUUUGAGUUUAGUUUUUAUGGAGUCGGCAGUAAAUAUGGGUGGACGUGUGCCUUUGAGGCCUCAACAACAUGAGGGAGUCAUUGUCCACUUGGGUAGUUUUGCCAAAUUUUCCGAGCGCCUUAAGCAGUUGCAGGAGGAAGUACGGCCUCUCUACAAACUACCCUCCUGCACCUACAAACGUACUUCUGUGCAAAAGAUUUUCGAAAAUGUUGGUUUCAAACUGGAUUGGUGUGCCUUUAAGAUGGUGGGCGCUGAAAUUGAUCCUGAAGUUUUACAUCAUAAUCAUGAUAGUUCCAAUAGCAAUAAGGUUAAUGCCAAUAUGGUUGAAACUGGAAACUUGAGGAGACGUGAAGAUCGUUGGCAUGGCUUGUCUCGAGUUGAUGUACCCGUGCGAAAUUAUAUUGAUGAGUUUGCAUUUGCUUUUGCCAUACCAGGCAUGAUAUUUGGUGUACUAUGCGGUAUUCUAACGGCUAGUUUGUGUUUCAAACAUCAGAAAUUACAUGAUCCUCAAUCGGAAUACUUUUUCGAUAAUAUUUUUCAUAUUUGUGAGGAAGAAUGUGUUAAUUCUGCACAUGACUCUGAAUCAGAAGAUGAAAAAGAAAUUGAAGAUAAUAGAAAUAAAAGCUAUAAGGAUUCUUAUCCUACCACAUCAUCGACUGUACAAAUGGUUCAAUAUUCGGAUACAAAUUCUCAACCCGUUACUACUCUUAAAAGUCUAAAGGAUCCAAAUUGUUUAUUGGACAAUAUUAGCAUGCGCUCGCAAAGUCCCAACAGCUAUUAUCAAGCCGAUAGCCCACCCAAUACUUAUUUGCGUCCCAAACCUCCACCAUAUAAGGGCGGUACUCUGUCUCGCAGCGGUGUGGAUAUUUGACAACCAACAACUCCACGUAUUUUGUAUUGUUAAAUGGAAAUGAAGAAAUGAAGUUGAAACCAGAACACAUAUUUAAUAUACAUAAUUUAUAAUUAUUAACACUCAAAUUAACUAAUGUUGAAAAUAAUUAUAAAGAAAACCUUUGCCUAUCAUUAGUUAUAUAUCAUUAGAAACUAGUCAUGGUUUGAAUUAAUAUAUCAAUUACUUAAUAUCUAAAAUAUUAACCAAUAUUUACAAUAAAAAGUUAAACUUAUAGAAGUUAAAAAG